AGUAUUGCCAGGAUGACUAGUGAGCUCAGUGAUCUGGGCACGGCCUCGCCAAGCAACGGAACAGGCGACGGAACAGGCGACGUCUUCGUGUGGCGUGCGUGCGUUUUUGGGCCCCAAGGCACCUCGCACGAUGGCGGCAUCUUCUAUGCAAGGCUCUGCUUCCCCGACAAUUACCCGUGGAAACCACCCGCCGUCAGUUUUACGCCGCCUCUGCCAUUCCAUCCGAACGUUGACGCAUUUGGACGCUGGACUUGUCCGGACCGGCUAGACGGCUGGAAUCCAUCGUGGAACGUCGUCAACGUGCUAAAGUGCUUGCAGGCCAUGCUGGCCACCCCACAACCUGCUUUCAGUGUCAACCCCGACGCAUGCGGCGCAGAGCGAUCUCGCAGACUC